CUUCUUCUUUGAUUUCCUCUUCCCUUCACUGUGCGACAGGUUUAAUUAUGUCUGAUAUUUAAAAAAGAUCUCCUCUCCUGUGUGAGACUUUGAUUCAGCUCUGAGACUCUCAGGGUCAGAGUGUGUGAGAGGCAGGAAGAGAUUACUGUGUGUGUGUUUUUGGCUGUAGUUGAAAAUAUCAAGGUCAAACUGGACGCUGAUAUCGGACUCCGGGUGGUCAUCAUGGAUCAGGUCUGCAGCCCUCCAUUGGUUUGUGGAGGGUUGUCUCUGAACUUAUGAUUGGCCUGCCGUUUUUAAUCCCAUGUGAGGGGGCGGAGCCUCCGCAGGGAGGAGAGUGAAAAGCUCCUCAACGGGACACCUUCAGCAAGAAGGCAGAGCAGCUUUUCUACAGCUCUUUUGCUUUUGACGAAGACUUACUAGGACUUACUAAGACCUACUUUCGAAAAAGAUGGCAAACUCUUUCACACGCCUGAUCUCAGGCCGCAACACGGCUGUGCUGCUGGCCAGCUUGGGAGCCGGGACGAUGGCGACCGGUUACCUGAUGAACGAGAACAGCACCCUGAUCGCCGAGGCAAAGAAGAAGCUCUAUCCUCCCAGCUCUGAUUUCCCCGACCUGAGGAAACACAACAACUGCAUGGCCACAUGUCUGACUCCGGCCGUCUACGCCAAGCUGAGGGACAGACUCACCCCCAGCAACUGGACCCUGGACCAGUGUAUCCAGACCGGUGUGGACAACCCCGGACACCCUUUCAUCAAGACCGUGGGCUGUGUGGCGGGAGACGAGGAGAGCUACGAGGUGUUUGCUGAACUCUUUGACCCCAUCAUCAAAGACAGGCACAAUGGCUACGACCCCAGAACCAUGACCCACCCUACUGACCUGGACUCCUCCAAGAUCACCCACGGUAUGUUCGACGAGAAGUACGUCCUGUCGUCUCGCGUCCGUACCGGUCGCAGCAUCCGCGGUCUGAGCCUCCCCCCGGCCUGCUCCAGGGCUGAGCGCCGCGAGGUGGAGCGGGUGGUGGUGACGGCUCUGGCCGGCCUGCAUGGAGACCUGGCUGGACGCUACUACAGCCUGGGAGACAUGACGGACAAGGAGCAGCAGCAGCUCAUUGACGACCACUUCCUCUUUGACAAACCCGUCUCUCCGUUGUUGACAUGUGCCUUUAUGGCCCGAGACUGGCCAGACGCCAGAGGCAUCUGGCACAACAACGAGAAGACCUUCCUGAUCUGGGUCAAUGAGGAGGACCACACCCGAGUCAUCUCCAUGGAGAAGGGAGGAAACAUGAAGAGAGUGUUUGAGAGAUUCUGCAAAGGACUCAAGCAGGUGGAGCAGCUGAUCCAGGAGAGAGGCUGGGAGUUCAUGUGGAACGAGCGUUUGGGCUACAUCCUCACAUGUCCCUCCAACCUGGGUACUGGACUCAGGGCGGGCGUGCAUGUCCGCCUGCCAAAUCUCAGCAAGGAUUCACGUUUCUCCAAAAUCCUGGACAACCUGCGGCUGCAGAAGAGAGGAACAGGAGGAGUGGACACAGCUGCCACCGGAGACACCUUCGACAUUUCCAACAACGACCGUCUGGGCAAAUCUGAGGUGGAGCUGGUGCAGCUCCUGAUCGACGGCGUGAACUACCUGAUCGAGUGUGAGAAGAAGCUGGAGAAGGGACAGGACAUCAAAGUCCCGGCUCCCAUCUCUCAGUUCAGGAAGUGAAAGCUGGACUCUUCAUGUUAGCGGUGUUAGCAAGAGGAGUAGCUCCACCUGAGCCUGCUGAGCCUCAGAAAAACCACGUCGCUCCAUCACGACAAGAGAGGAGGAGGUUUCUAGAAUGUUCUAGAAAAUAUUGUACAUCUUUAGGGAAACCUAAUCUUAGACAUGAUCAAAGUUAGGGGGAAAUUCUACCUCACGUUAAGGUCUUCACUGUAACCCUGACUCCAAUAAAAACAAAAGAGUUAA